UUAGUCUAGCGGGAGGGGUUUGCGCGGCCAUUUCGCUAACAAACACACCGCAGAGGAUCAUCAAAGGAUUAUGAAUGAAACCGAAUCCGCAUUGAGAAAGCAAAACACCGCGGCCGCUCACAAAGACGCAACGCGAACAGAGAAACUUGUGUUAAUGGAGUGAAAAUAGAUGACGUUAUUUGUCAGUUUGCGGGGGUGGGAUAAAAUCCUACAGACAGAUAUCAAUUGGCCAAUCGUCGCUCACACUGCGUUUGAUUGAUGGGCUCCCGUCCAAUCAACUACGCACUCUCCUAGCGCGUCAUAAGCGUUGCGUCCAAUGGGCGUCGCGUAGGUCUCGCUGAAGCAGGAGUUCCCUGUAGCUGUGGAUAGAGGAUUAAUGGAAGGGGUCUGAGUGUCGAAUUAUACGAACUACAUAGUGCACACGAGCGAAUUGCUUUAUCGACAUAAACAAACAAACGAUCACGCUACCGAAAAGCCACGGCCGAGUCGGCGUGCUGCGACAGGAAUCGCGCACGGACGGUGAAAACAAGGGCUCGAGAGGAAAGUCGAGGGCCUUGCUGAGGGUUAGCAGAGCGAGGAAGAAGAGCGAGAGAAGAAGAAGAAGACGGGCUCUUAGUGCUAUUUCAACGGAUUGGUCCCGACCCAGCCGCGCUGAGAGACGUUACCGAACCCGAAGCACUGCAACCAGACAGCUACUGUUAGCUAGCUAGCGCUCGCUCGCUAGCUAGCUAACCAACUAACCAGCUACUAUCAGCCUCCAGACUUUAUGUGAUCUGACAGCAUACUGUGAUCCUGCGAGUUAUGAUCAGACAUAGCUAGUGCGACGGACGCAGAAAUCGUAUGAGCAGUAAGGGGACGGAGUCUGAAGACAGUUGGCGUCAAGAAAAGUCGAUUUAGAUCUGUUAUACCUGGCCUGCAAUCAUGGGCAACGCGCCCACCGCCAAGAACAAGGGCAAUGAGAUGGAGAGCGUUAAGGAGUUUCUUGCUAAAGCCAAAGAAGAUUUCCUAAAGAAAUGGGAGAACCCAGCACAGAACACGGCAUCUCUGGACCAUUUCGAGAGGUUGAAGACUCUAGGCACUGGCUCGUUUGGACGAGUCAUGCUAGUCAAGCACAAAGAAUCAGGCCAGCAUUUUGCCAUGAAGAUCCUCGACAAACAGAAGGUGGUAAAACUGAAACAGAUAGAACACACGCUGAAUGAGAAACGCAUCCUGCAGGCUGUCAGCUUCCCGUUCCUUGUGCGAUUGGAGCACUCGUUCAAGGAUAAUACUAACCUGUAUAUGGUAAUGGAGUAUGUUCCUGGAGGAGAGAUGUUCUCUCACUUACGUAGAAUCGGCCGGUUCAGUGAGCCUCACGCCCGAUUCUACGCCGCCCAGAUAGUUCUGACCUUUGAAUACCUUCACUCACUUGAUCUUAUCUACCGAGAUCUGAAGCCUGAAAACCUGCUCAUAGACCAGCAGGGCUAUAUACAGGUAACAGAUUUUGGAUUUGCUAAACGUGUAAAGGGCAGGACCUGGACACUGUGUGGCACACCUGAGUACCUGGCACCAGAAAUCAUCCUCAGUAAAGGUUAUAAUAAAGCAGUGGACUGGUGGGCUCUGGGAGUGCUGAUCUAUGAAAUGGCUGCCGGUUACCCUCCGUUCUUUGCCGACCAGCCCAUUCAGAUCUAUGAGAAGAUUGUUUCUGGGAAGGUUCGCUUCCCCUCACAUUUUAGCUCUGACCUGAAGGAUCUGCUAAGGAAUCUGCUGCAGGUCGAUCUGACGAAGCGCUUCGGUAACCUCAAGAAUGGCGUCAAUGACAUCAAGGGCCACAAAUGGUUUGCAACCACCGACUGGAUCGCGAUCUACCAGAAGAAGGUGGAAGCCCCUUUCAUCCCCAAGUGCAAAGGCCCCGGCGACACCAGCAACUUCGACGACUACGAGGAAGAAGAAAUCCGGGUCUCUUUCACAGAGAAAUGUGGAAAGGAGUUUGCUGAAUUCUAGAAGCAGCAGAGGAGGAGAGGGAUGGAGAGAAAUUAGAUGUGGGGCAACAAAGAGAAGAAAACAUUUUCCAGGGUGGUGAUGAUUAUGAUGAUGAUGGACUGGACUGAGCCUUAUCUGGUAACAACAACGUAAAGCCCCUCACCCACGGAUGGAUGGAUGGAGGGAGAAGAAGAACAAAGUCCUGAGAGAGACGCCAGCAGUGUUGCCUUUUCAGAUCCUUCGUCACUUGUUACUUGUCCAUUUUCAUGUUUUCCCUCUUGUUUGGUAGCCAGGGUCCAUUGGGCAGAGAUUCGGUCACUUCUCUGUGACUGGCUGGCAUGGGGAUAUUUGUGACUUCUUCUUUUUGUUUUUCCAGAGAUAUAGAGGUUACGUUCUGGUACUGAAUUUUGGCUUCUCCAGAGAAAAUUACCCCCCAAACCCAUUUUUUUUUAAAUUAGCGAAGCCCUUGCUCUGUAGUUUUCUGUCAUGUUUACUUGCUGUGCACCUAUUGGCACCCAAUACCAAACCAACUUACGCCAUUCAAGGCUUUUUCAUUCAUUUCUCAAUUGGAUUGCAAGCAUCACACCACCAUACUUCAAAUUUGCCAUCACAUAUUAAUUGGCAAUCAGAAUCAGCCGCUUAGUAUAAAUCGUCUUUGUUUUGAUUAUUAAGUGUAUUAAGCCAGUUUCUGUGUGUUUAAGUCAAUAGGGUGUGCUUUAGGUUGAAAAUCGCCACUGAUAAGACCGUGACACUACUUUAUAUUACACAUCUGUAGCAUGUAAGCAUACUUGAAGCUCCAAGUUAUUUUACACAUUUUCUCAGAUGACUUAGGUUCUAAGAUUAAUUUCCAGACACAAAAUGGAAAAGUGAAGGAAUGCAGUGAAUAUACAGUGAGCCAAAAAGGCUUGUAAUACAGCUGGUUGUUUUAAAAAAAAAAAAAAGCUUUUAAAGAAAUAGGAGAGCACUGUUUCUGUAAUUACACUGGGUUCCUGGUGGAUAAUGUUUUUUUUUUUUUUUUUUUUUUUUUUAUUUUUAUUCUUUUCUGCCGUGUCGCCUGCUAGUGACCAAACCCUUUGUUUAACUUAACUUUACUGGUAUUUCUCUUUAUCCCUUUGGAAGAAGACAGCAAAGUUAGGCCGAAAAUAGGCCGAUUCACUAAUCAACCUCCAUUUCUGCUUCAAAUAAGCUUGUUCAUGUAAACUUUAUUAUGAGUUAUUAAGGUAUCGACCAGUUAGUGAAGCUCCAUUCGGCCUGUUGAAAUAUUGUCCAACUGUCCAAACGUCCCUAUUUUUUUUUUUUUUGUCAUUUAGUUUCCAGAAGUGUGCAGUAAUGCGUAGUGUUGUAAAGAUUUUAUUUCGUUAUGCUUGAAAAGCUUCGCAUAGAUGAAUAUUUUAAUUCGAUUUUGAAGGUCAAGUGUAACUUCUGCGCCAUUAGUGACGCCAAACCGAACUUCGGUCUGUUUGUUUGAGUAACGGGAAGAACGUAAUAUAUUACAAUUGAUAAAAGUCAUUAUUACCUGAUAUUUCUGCUGCUAGUGGUGCAGAAUUUACACGCUUCACCUUUAAAAUUGAGAUUCCCACCAUCACUUCUAGCUCAGUUCUUGAUUUUUGGUUUGUUUUGGUUUAUUUCCUUUUGUUAUGUUGACUAGUGUAACAUAAUUUUGUUAAAUGUUUGCAAACUACAGAUUGGUGCCAGGUUAAAAUUGGUAUUUCACACAGCUAUUUUAAUAACUCAAGUAUCUACUGGACACCCGAAUGGCUGUGAUGCCAUUAAAAUUGCAGUGUAAGAUCAAACUACUGCUCAUUUCCCUCUCAGGAAAUGUUACGUCACCGUAGCCUGCCAGAUUCACAGCCAAAACAGACCGCAUGGGGUUAGUUUUUGAUCAUUCGGAUGCCGAUGUAGCUUUAGAAACGCAGACGAGCGAAAGGCAGGAGUUUAUAUUUCAUAAAACAUUAAAGCAGGUUUAGAUUUUCUCUCCCUCACUCUUCUCCCUGCAUGCUUGGCUAUUGCCGGGACAUUUUCUCGCCCCGUUUCUGGAGACUUUGUCAUAAAAUGGGUGUACAAACAGGAGAAACAGCUCCAUCUCUUGGUUUGAGUAGCUGGAAAACAAACAAUCAGUGUUUAAAGAAUGCGUCUGUGCGUUUAGAUUACCCAGCAGGCUCUUCUGCGCUGGUCUUGUGACGCUAGAAGCAACGUGAGACUAUCCUCAACUGGUGCAGUGAGUUAUAGUGGACAGGUUGGCUUCACGUUAGCUCUUUCUCUCAUCUUUGAGCUCAGUUCGUGACAGCAGGGUGACUUGGCUCAAAUGCACCUUUCAUUACACCUUUUUUUUUGGUCAGAGCAUGGAAAUACAUGACCUUUUUUUGGCGGUAU